AUGGAGAAUAUCUCCCAUCUCCUCGCCGCGCUUGGCCCAGAGGUCGACGAUGUAGACGAGGAAUCCUUCCUCAUCUUCUCGGAACCCAUCCCCUCCGCCAACCUGGGCAUGAUCGAUCCCCGAGCACCCUCCGUCGAGAUCUCAAUCCACGAUCAGGACUACACCGUCCAUCAAUCGCCCACAGUUCUCUCUUCCGCUCGGGCCGGCGGCACCACCGGUGCAGUCCUCUGGAAGAUCACUCCCCUCUUCGCAGAAUGGAUCUCCGCCCACCAAUCCAAUCCCCUCUGGACGCAUUCCCUGCUCUCGUCGUCCUCCACCGUCGUCGAGCUGGGCUGCGGCAUCUCCGGCCUCAUGGCCCUGGCCCUGGCGCCGUCUGUUCGGCACUACCUCGCCACAGACCAGGAAUACGUCCGUCGUCUUCUGCGCCAGAACUUAGAGACGAAUGCCUCGGUAUCAGUGUCGAGAACCACCUCGUCGAAUCCAAAGGGGGGCAAGGGUAAGAAGAAACAACCCACGAGAACAGAGAAAUCAAAGUCGAAAUCAAAAUCAAGCCCCUCUUCUGCUGCUGCUCCUGCUGCUCCACCCAAUAUCGCAUUCACCACUCUCGACUGGGAAACCGACCUCGCGACCUCCUUGAAAGAUAGCCUCCAGCAAGAUGAAGACGAUGGCGAGUACAGCCCCUCCUCGAAGGCAGAAAGAGACGAAGUAGAAGAAGAGGAUAAAGGCUUCGACCUACUCAUCUCCUGCGACUGCAUCUACAACGAAGCCCUCGUGGCUCCCUUUGUGCGGACCUGCGCGGACAUCUGCCGUCUACGACCUGUCUACCGAGCCCAGGAUAAUGAUAACGAUAAAGGCGACGGUGAUAGCUCACAGACAUCCCGACUACCCACGAUCUGUCUCAUUGCGCAGCAGCAGCGGUCACCGGAUGUCUUUGAGACGUGGUUGCGGGAGACGAUGCGCUUCUUUCGGGUCUGGAGAGUGAGUGAUGAAGUGGCCGGGGAGAAGCUGCGGGUGGGAUCAGGGUAUUUGGUGCAUUUGUUGUUGUUGAGGGGAGAUGCUGCGGAGGAAGGAUUGUAG